AGAUGCGACCUCCUCAUCCUUUCAGAGCCUUCACCUAAGAACAGUUAGGGAUUAACUGAGCUGUCUGAGCUCUGGUCCUGCCUGUCCAUACCUGCGUUUAACUUUUGGCACCCGUUAACCACCUACCUUGUUGGGUUUGACCAGCCAGCUUGAGUUGGAGCCUGGCUCUACUGCAAGGUAGUGCAAAGGUGGACGGACCACAGGCACACUGUCUGUGCCUCAGUGUAACGCUCUCCACCCAAAAAGCUGUCAUCUUCACUCCGGGUCCCUCCUCAAGGCCCAUCCCGGCUCCUGCUGGCUGUUGCGCUUUCUCCUUCCCGGGAGCGCGUGAAAAACCCUUUUCCUGAGCCGGAGGCACCAAACCCUGUGGGCAGGCAAAAGGAGGACCUCCGGCCCACGGCUGAAGCCCCUGGCAGAGGCAGAGCCGGGAGCAGCCUCCCACGGCAUAGGGGCCUCGGACCCGUCUCCUUCAUCCCUGGGCACCGGCUGGGCCAUCAUGGCAACCUCCCCUCAGAAGUCCCCUUCUUCCCCCAAGUCCCCCACCCCUAAAUCUCCGCCGUCGAGAAAGAAAGAUGACUCCUUCCUGGGCAAGCUCGGCGGCACGUUGGCGAGGAGGAAAAAAGCCAAAGAAGUAUCUGAAUUACAAGAAGAAGGAAUAAAUGCCAUUAACUUACCUCUCAGUCCAAUUCCAUUCGAACUAGACCCUGAGGACACUAUGCUAGAGGAAAAUGAAGUCCGAACAAUGAUUGAUCCAAAUUCAAGAAAUGACCCAAAAUUACAAGAACUAAUGAAGGUAUUAAUUGACUGGAUUAAUGAUGUGUUGGUAGGAGAGAGGAUUAUUGUGAAAGACUUGGCUGAAGACCUGUAUGAUGGACAAGUAUUGCAGAAAUUAUUUGAGAAACUUGAAAGUGAGAAGCUCAAUGUUGCUGAAGUUACUCAGUCUGAAAUUGCUCAGAAACAGAAGCUACAGACAGUGCUUGAAAAGAUCAAUGAAACCCUUAAACUCCCUCCAAGAAGCAUUAAAUGGAAUGUUGACUCUGUUCAUGCUAAAAGUCUUGUAGCAAUACUUCAUCUUCUGGUUGCAUUAUCACAAUAUUUUCGAGCACCAAUCAGACUCCCAGAUCAUGUGUCCAUUCAGGUUGUUGUUGUGCAGAAACGAGAAGGAAUCCUCCAGUCUCGACAAAUCCAAGAGGAAAUAACUGGUAACACUGAGGCAUUAUCAGGAAGGCACGAAAGAGAUGCAUUUGAUACUUUAUUUGACCAUGCUCCAGACAAGCUCAAUGUAGUGAAAAAGACUCUCAUCACCUUUGUGAACAAGCAUCUUAAUAAAUUGAACUUGGAGGUCACUGAACUGGAGACCCAGUUUGCAGAUGGUGUGUACUUAGUCCUGCUAAUGGGUCUCCUAGAAGGCUAUUUUGUUCCUCUGCACAGCUUCUUCUUGACUCCUGAUAGUUUUGAACAAAAGGUCCUCAAUGUAUCCUUUGCGUUUGAGCUAAUGCAAGAUGGUGGAUUGGAAAAGCCAAAGCCAAGACCAGAAGAUAUUGUAAAUUGCGACUUGAAGUCUACACUGAGAGUACUGUACAAUUUGUUUACCAAAUACAGGAACGUCGAGUGAAGAAUUGACUUCAGAUGUAAAGGAGUGUUCACAAAGAAAACAUCAUAACUAGCAUAUUUUUCAUCAGUAUUCCUCUGCAUCUUUAUUCCAAAAGGACCUAAAUCAUUUAUCUGAAGAAUUUUUUAUUUUUUCGUAGUAGAUUUAAAACUAAUACAAAUUAUGAAGAAAAGGUCUGAAGGAAGGUAUAUGGGUAUAUUCUGAGAGAAUUAGUAUCUCAAUAAUAACUGUCUUCAUGCUGUUUUAUAGUAGGUGAAGCAAGAAUGAAAAAAAGAUUCAGUAACUCUAGUUUAGACCAGCCUUUUAAGCCAAUCAUAGGAAAAUUCAGCACUAUCUAUUUUAGUAUUUUUUUAUAUACAUCUUUUCUAAUCUAGAAAUUUGCUAUCCAUGAUAAUAUGGUUACAAUUUAAUCAUGAGAAAUGUGCAUGGGGAGAAACUGCUAAAUACUCUUGUUCUCAACUAAAAAGAGGAGAAUUUCUCAAGCACUUAAACUGAUUAAUUUAUAUUUCCAGUGCUGUUAGGCUUGAAUUUUAUGGGUACAAACUGAAGUGGCUCCUCAUUCCUUCAGACUUUUAUAAUGGGAUACUCCAGUUUAAAUAUGUUAUUGAGCAUUCCAUAUAAGCACACUUCGAAGCUUGUUACUUGGUUUUGUUCAAGGAAGAGAUCUUUUUUGCAUAGUACACAUUUCAGGAAAACUGACCUGUUUCCCUAUAAUAGUUGUAUUAUUACAUAGUAUUAGAAAGUAAAGGAAUGGCUUUAUUUUUUUCUUUUAGUAGUUUAAACACAGGAUUAUCGGGUUGCAAGUAUAGAUUUACUGCUGAACAGGAUUUACAAUUUGUUCUUUUGGCUGAUUUUAUGAUGAAUGUAUUUUGCUGCAUAAUGUCCAACACACAAAAUAAGAUUUAUUAUCCAGAAUCAUUGUUUUAGCCUUUCAGAUACAAAAGCACUACUUUUAGGUCAAAACUACUCCCAUCUGCAGAGACUGUUACAGUGCAAGGUUCUUUGAUCAUUUUACAUGACUAUAAAGAGUACUUCUUUCUAGUCAUAACCAAGUAUAAGCUGUUUGGUUCUAGCUUUAACAAAGAAAAAAAAGAAAAGCAGGAGUUGAUUCUUCUCUUAGACUUGGUAUCAAGCACCAGUUAUGUUUUCUGUACAGAAGCUGAAAGAGGCUGCCUGACAUGAGUGUUCAAUUAUUAGAAACUGCGCUGGCAUAAGCUGAAGAGUAAAUUGAUAAUUUUCUAAAAGUUUUGUUGUUAGUAUUAAAUAACUUUCUAAAAGAAGCUUUGCAGUGUAACCACAGAUUCUGGGGACCCUGCAUUACACAGUUAGGAAAAACUCCUUAAACUGACAUUGCUGGACAACUGUUUAGAAAUCGUCCCACUGCUCAGUGCAGGAAGGAGACUUGUUAAUGGUUAUCCAGUUUUGGCAGAACUGGUAUAGGUAAAAGUGAAAGCAAUCUGGCAUCUCUUGAGUCUGUUCAUCUGAAGAAAUGCAGUGCUGGCAUAGUAACAGCUAUAUGUUACUCAGUAUAUAAAGCAUUACAUAUUUUUCAGUUUUCCAGUGCCUUUUUUUUUUAAUGCAGAGUUUUCCAGUGCAACAUUAGCAUAAAAGAAAGACAUUUAUUUACAUUCUGUCUUCCAUGAACACUAACUGACGUUAAAUAACAAGAUGCUGACUUCUGCUUGGGGCCACAGAAAUUAUUAUGAGAAGUAAAUACCAACUUUUGUGAAACGAAGUAAUAUUUAAUUCAAAGAACAUUCUGAACUCAGAGUUAUCUGAUUGUUAUAAGCAUUCUAAAUAUAAUUUAUUAAAAAAAUUUUACCUCUAUAUUUUUAACUGAAUUUCUGAAAUUAGCAGUGCAGAAAAUAACAAUUAUUUGCCUUUGACACAGGUAAAUAACUGGACAUUUUCACCCUGGUGAAAACGAACAUGUUUUCAUUAUGUCUCUGAUAUCUGAGAAUCUAAAUGAUAGGAAUCAACAUUUGUGAGGAAACUGAGACAGAACUUCUCAUGUAUAUACCAGCAGCAGAUUCCAUUAUCUUAGUGUUUUUCAUGUAAGUUUUUCAUUUGCACACUUAGACUGUAGAAAUUGUAACUGUUAAUUAAAAGAUUUAUGGUUUUUCUGCAGAUCAUGCUCAGCUGAAAUACUAUUUUACAUCUCAGCAAUGCCAAAACAUUUUUAUUUCCCUUGAUUUUAGGGGUGUACUUUCUUUAAAGAGGAAGUUUACAUAUGUAAAGGAAAAAAAUUAGGAACAGUGUUUUUUAGAUGGAUUUGAAAAUAAGCAUUCCGUCCUAUAUUGGUGUAACGUUAGUGGAGAGUUCAAGUCUGUCAGACUCCCAUUUUCCAUUCUUAAAAAACAUAAAACUGAGACAGAAUGAAGAAAUCCUCAUGCUGAAAUACAAUUAUGCAGAACCAUAGAAACACUUAACUAUCCAACUUUUACACAAUUAUCUGUCCUAGGAUAAGAAUUUAUGUAAAUUAACAUCUGCUAUAUAAACAGGAAUUUCCUGUGUAAAUAUAGACCCAUGUGAUGGUUUUAACACAUUUAUACAAACAGUAUAUGCUGCCAUGUAGGAGUGGGUCACUGCUUGUAUUUUCAAUGAUGUAGAUUUAAAUAGCUAUCAGAUAAAUAUGAAAGAUACAGAUUAUAUCUAAUAUUUAUUGCUUUAAUACAGAUUAUUAUAGAAAUAUAGAAUACUACUGUAGACAGUUUGCUCUUCAGCAAUCAGUGCAGGUCAGCACCUUUCUUCAGGGAAGUGAAAUGUUAAGUUAGCUGGGCCAAAUUCUGCUGAUACCUAUGAUGCUUUUAAUUGUGAUACACAGUAGUGUGUACUGAUGUACAGCUGAAUGCAGAAUUUUUCUCACUGUUGAUACUAAGAUAGAGGUUGUUUAUUUAAGUUUCAGGUCAGCCCUGGAUUUAUUUAUAAUUACUUCAAAUGAUUAAAUAGACCUGAAUCAAUGGAUUUAGCCCACAUAAGAUACAGUCACCCGAAGAAGCCAGUUUCACUACUAGUCCCAGAAGGAGCCUCUGAUCUCACAUCUGCUGCUAAAGUUAGGUUACUACCCAACCUUUGGCUAGGUUUCUAAAGCCCCAGUUAGUAUGAAUCCAAACCACUGCCUUAAGAUCACAUGGUGGUAUUUGUAUCUUGUCUACCAGACCAGUAUGUUUGUUGUGUGGUGUAAUAUGAAGGCCCACAAGUAGCUGAGUCCACCAAGAACUGGCACAUUGUAAACAUUUCUGCUGCAGGGGCAUUAUGAAACUGCCACAACAGAAUUUUCUGUGCUUCUCUGACUUCUAAUCCAUCCAUUCCAUGCAGCACCAUGGUAUUCAGAUUCCUUCUGUGUCUGGUUUCCUGUUGAUGGAUUCUGGCAUGCUUUGUCAGCCAUAAGAAUUUUUUUUUCAAAGAGGAGCUACAGAUUAUGAAUAGCAUAUAAAAAAAAAUUGUCAAAAUAGUUAUCUAAAAUCUUAAUAUGUUUAUGUCACCUCCUUUCAGACUUUUUUCCUGGCUGACUGGCAUUAGUUGCUGUAAAGAACAGGCCCUGGAAAAAAGGUAAUGAAGGAACCUUUGCAUAAUUUUACCUGAGAUGCACAUAAAGUCCAGAAUUGGAUUGUGCUAUAUUUCCAAUGGAGUACAGCUGGACCAAGUUUCUUAUUAAAUGAGCUGACUGCAGAAUAUAGUUCUUUCCAACUGUUAGUCAGUAGGUAUCUUCCUGUUAAUAGGGGGGCAGCAGCCCUUGCAGCUACAUAGUUUAGGAAUUCAGGUGGACCAGCAAGUGCUGGGUAAGAUCCUAAUCUACUUUGACCGUGGACCAAGUUGCUGUGUGGCAUAUCUCCAUGCAAACCAGUGGCAUUCAAUCAACAGAGGAUUUGGUGCUUUGGGUUUUACAGACAGUUACACUACUUGUGAAUGGUUUACAUUCUGGCAGACUAUAUUGAUUGAAGUAAAUGAGACUGGGUUGACCUUUGUUCUUUUGGUAAAACAUGGUUUUAAAUUCAUGUUUAAGAUUAAUUUAGCCUUACUGUAAGCCACCGUGUUGUAAAGCACAAUGUCUUUUAGAAGUAAGGGGGUUUAUUUCAUUAGAGAAAGAUAUAUAUGAUAUUUAGUAUAAUGGAUAGUAGCUUUAGGUCUAGUUUUUGUUAUUCUUGUCUUCAUGUCAAAACAGCCCUCAUGAAUUUCCUUUGUGGCAAGCACCCAAAGAGAGAACAGUGCCCUGAAGACCUCUUGCAAGAUUUUCUACACUGUUACUUAAUAGGCUACAGUAGUUUUAUUAUAAGAAUUAGCAUGUCUUUACAGUUAAAAUACAAUUAAAGGCUGAAGAAAUCCUUUGUAGAAAGUUACAAUUAAAGUGAGAUACUUUGUUUUGGUUAAUCACAUGGAAAAUGAAGAUAGUAGUACCAGAUUUCUGGAAUUAUGCAUACCUCAGCAUCCACAGAUUUUUCCAAAGAGGUUUUGAGUCAUUUAACAUUUACUUGGGCUGAUUGGCUAAUUUUAUGCAUUUUGACAGUAUUUUCUGUGCGACCAUGUUUUUGUUUGGGUUUUUUUUUCAAUAAUGAGAUUUUAAUUUCUAACAUUUUAAUCCUACACACUCUGCAUCAAUGCUAGUGUCAUUGAAAUAUUUGGUCCUCAAUUUCAAUGUUGGGCUAAUUAUGAAAAAAGAAUAUUUGCAAAAUUUGCUUCUUAACAUGUAUCUGAAAAUAAUUAGUUUAAAAUAAGGUGUAUUGCCUUCAGCUGCAGAGCUAGUAGCUUUCACAGAAUAUAUUUUAUGUAAUCUGUAAGUGAGACACUCUAUUGCUGACUUUUUCCUAUUCUUUUCUGAAACCUUUGUUAUGAUCCACAAUAAAAUUUGCAGCUGAAAAUCAACACU